AUGCCCACAGGGGAGGACACGGCGGUACUGGUAGCAAUGCUAAUCGCUAACCCCAGCGACAAAGUCUCCAGGCGAAGUGUGACUGCGUCGAAACUGCUGUGGAGCCGUGUCUCAAAGAUCGAGGAGCUCCAGCUCAAGCUGGUCAAGAUGCAAAGACUGCUAGGAGAUCUGCUUGAGCUGCACGAAGAUAUCGCUGCACGCCUCUCCGAAGACAUGAACGAAGCAGUGCAGACGGCAACUAUUGGCGUCGAGCUGCGUCAGAGAGUGGGCACCUGA